AUGGAGGACGUCUCGCCACUGGAGCAGUACCUGGAGCACUGCGGCACGCAGGAUGACCUCUCUGCCAGUCCCCAGCUGUUUAAUCCUAUGAGCCCCUAUGACGUGGACCUUCCAAUUCAAGUAGCUGAAGAUGUAGCAUUUGGUUCUCAAUUUAAUCAGCCCAAAGAGCUUCCUGCAGACUUCUCCUCCGUGGACCUCAGCUUUCUUCCAGAUAUUACCCAAGAUAACAAAGAACAAAAGCCAUCUGAAGAUGGUCAUGAAAUGCAAGGAGGGCUCAACGGAUCAGUGCCGAGAAAUGAGGACAGAGGGAUCUUCAUGGAGGAAAGCAGCCCGUCGUACCCAGGUGCAACCCAGCCAAGCCCAGGAGAACCUGGUGUGUGUCCUCCCCUGACACCAAUGACUCCUAUGACCCCAGUGACACCUGCAUCAGAGAGCUCUGGCAUAGUUCCUCAGUUACAGAAUAUUGUGUCAACUGUAAACUUGGCUUGUAAACUAGAUCUGAAGAACAUAGCUCUGCAUGCCAGAAAUGCAGAGUAUAACCCAAAGAGGUUUGCUGCUGUGAUCAUGAGGAUCAGGGAACCACGAACGACGGCCCUUAUCUUCAGCUCGGGAAAAAUGGUUUGCACAGGAGCAAAAAGUGAAGAGCAGUCACGGCUCGCAGCAAGGAAGUAUGCACGUGUGGUGCAGAAGCUGGGGUUCCCUGCUAAGUUUCUGGACUUCAAGAUCCAGAACAUGGUGGGGAGCUGUGAUGUGAGGUUCCCCAUCCGACUGGAAGGGCUGGUUCUCACCCACCAGCAGUUCAGCAGGAUGGUCAAACCGAGGAUAGUGUUGCUCAUCUUCGUGUCUGGAAAAGUUGUUCUGACUGGAGCAAAAGAGCGUUCUGAAAUCUAUGAGGCAUUUGAGAACAUCUAUCCCAUUCUUAGAGGUUUCAAGAAAACAUCAUGAAGCAGCCUGAAAAGUAGAUAGAAAUAACGUAUGGGUUUGUAUUGCUAAGCAUGGAAGAGAGGUCAAGGCUAUUCCUGGACCCAAAUGUAUAGAUGUGGAGGAUGAAAGUGAUGUUAUUGUGGAUGCUAUAAAUGCUGAUCCCUUCCUACAGUUUGUGAAAUGUUUUUUGCUUGCAGAUUUGCUGUCCAUAAUUCACUUUGGUUCUGACAACUUCUGUCAGGCAGAGAAACUUACCAAACCAAUGUACCUUUAACAGCAUGCAUAAUAAGGUUGCAUUUAGUUUGUAGUUGAAACCUUCUGCCUUUUCCCUGUUGAACAGGCAAACUGACACUACACUUCAAACCAACCGGCAACCCAGCUCCUGCAAUGUUGUAUUUUCAUGCUGACUCAUUCAAAUUCAAAAUACAUUUGUUUUUUUCUAUACUACAGCUUACAAAAUCCAGCAUGACUUUAUUUCAGUGUUUGGAAGGCAGUGACUGCAGAGGACACCGGACUCCCUCUGAUCACACAGGUUGGAUCAACUGUUGUGUAACGGUGCUGGUGUUCCCUUAGCAGAGAAGAUAUUGAAGGGCAGUGCUGGAACACAUUCAGAAAGGGGGCUUGCUAAGCUAAUUGAUUAAUUGGUCAUGGCACGGGUUUUAACAAAAUGCUGCCUGUUUGUGUUACUGAACUCUGAUCAGAUGAUGACUG